CUUUGCAGUUACGUUGGUUGUUGGUGCUUUGCUCGGGGAAGCGUCCUCCAUGGUGUCAUUGUAAGUCUUGGAGGUUGAAUACUAAGAUAAAGGAAUGUCGGGGUAUACUUCAGACGAGAAGCUGCGCUAUGAUCAGCUAGUAAAGCUCCGGCGGCAGUGGCUCAAAGACCAAGAGCUGAGCCCGAGAGAGCCCGUGAUACAAGCCAAAGCACCGGGCCCCAUCGCCAAGUUCUGGGCUGGAUUUUUGGAGCCCAAGAGUUUGUGGAGGAUUUACACGUAUAAGGCAUACAGAGGAGGGGUUUUUACCUUAACACGGCUACUCAUACCAGCUUGGAUCGUUCACUAUUAUGUCAAAUACCACGUCACUCAAAAACCAUAUGGUAUUGUUGAGCUGAAGCCCAAACUCUUUCCUGGUGAUACAAUCAUGGAGACCGGUGAAGUUGUUCCACCUCUCCCUGAGAUCCAUGGCCAUCACUGAAGUUCAAUGUCAAUACCUUUCUUUGGUGUCUGUUAAUAAUUGUGAAUAUUAAUUAAAUAUUGUAACAUUUAUCACAAA